AAGAGGGAGCAACAAAAGCAAAGUAGCUUGGUUGGUCCUUUUUUUCUCAUUUCCUGUAAUUUGUCUUCGUCUCCACCUUCCAAUCUCACCCGCUCUCCUCGGAAACCACAGCGACGGACGGAGGACAAUAUCUUCGCCUCUAAUUUGCUCCUGAAAAUCAGGAAUCAGCCGGAGCGAAUCUCGAACCUUAUGAUCUCGACUUGCUGAAGAGGCUGGGGAUGGCUGGUAAAGAGGAUACUACUAAUCUAUCUGCACAAGAGUCUUUGAUCAAGGAAGCCACUGAGUUAUGGAAGAGUGAAUUGGAAUCUCGUCGGUUGCAGGUAGAUAGUUUAGAAGCUGAACUUGUGGAUGUCAAGGCUUACCUUGAGUUUCGUUCUGAAGAAGAUGCCAGGAAGGAAUUAGGUGUUCUUUCCGGUAGGGUCAGAUCGACUGCUACAAUGUUGCGCUAUUUGAGAUCAAAAGCUAGAGUCUUGGCUAUUCCUGAUCUACCGAAUGUGGAACAGAUCGAACUGAAUGAGAAAGAUGGUGGUUCAUCAUCUUCUGCAGGGGAUAGGAGCACUAAUCCUGAAACCAAUAGGUGGUACCGUGGCUCCUUGGGUGUAGAGGAUGGAGCUUAUACUAAUGAGAUGCUCCAAUCCAUAGAGACUGUGACUGAUGUGCUGGAAUCUCUUGUGAGGAGGGUUACAGCAGCAGAAUCUGAGUCGGCUGUUCAAAAGGAGAGGGCACUUUUGGGCGAGGAAGAAGUCAGUAGGAAGACAGUCCAAAUCGAGAAUUUGGCCUUGAAGUUAGAAGAGAUGGAAAGGUUUGCUCAUGGGACUAAUAGUGUUCUAAACGAAAUGCGGGAAAGGAUUGAGGAACUAGUUGAAGAGACGAUGAGACAGAGGGAGAAAGCUGUGGAAAACGAAGAGGAGCUUUCUCGUGUGAAGAGAGAGUUUGAGUCGCUUAAAAGCUAUGUCAGUACUUUUACCAAUGUUAGAGAAACACUUCUUUCUUCGGAGAGACAAUUCAAAACCAUCGAGGAGCUCUUUGAACGGCUGGUUACUAAGACGACGCAAUUAGAAGGCGAGAAGGCACAAAAGGAGGUUGAAGUUCAGAAACUGAUGGAGGAGAACGUGAAACUGACGGCACUUCUCGACAAGAAAGAAGCUCAGCUUCUAGCAUUGAACGAACAAUGCAAAGUCAUGGCUCUGAGUGCAUCAAACAUAUGAAUUUUUUGCUAUCUUUCUUUGCAUUGUUGUUGACUCAUCAUCUCUUGUUAUUACAUGAGACAAUGCUUUCACAGAAGUAGAUGAUGCAUAUCUUCUUCCUUCAUUGUUCCUUUGUUUUCAGAUAAAAGCAAAACAUUCUUGUAAUC